GACGGCGCGGACGUUCACGUGACGCGGGGCGGUGCGGAGCGGGCAGGUGGGCGGGAGGAAACCAAACAGCGGGAUCCGCGGCUGCGGCGGCGCACUACAGGCAUGGCCGCUCUCUACGGGGGUGUAGAGGGGGGAGGCUCACAGUCCAAGGUCCUUUUACUCUCAGAGGAUGGGCGGAUCGUGGCAGAAGCGGAUGGACUCAGCACAAACCACUGGCUGAUCGGGAAAGACAAGUGUUUGGAGAGGAUCAACGAGAUGGUGAACAGGGCCAAGAUGAAAGCAGGGGUGGAUCCUCUGGUCCCUCUACGAAGCUUGGGCCUGUCCCUGAGCGGAGGGGAGCAGGAGGACGCGGUGAAGAUGCUGACGGAGGAGCUGAGGGACCGAUUUCCCUACCUGAGUGAAAGCUAUUUAAUCACCACCGAUGCUGCCGGCUCCAUCGCCACCGCUACGCAGGAUGGUGGGAUCGUGCUCAUCUCUGGGACAGGUUCCAACUGCAGGCUUAUCAACCCGGAUGGCUCAGAGAGUGGCUGUGGCGGCUGGGGCCACAUGAUGGGGGACGAGGGCUCAGCCUACUGGAUUGCACACCAAGCAGUGAAAAUAGUGUUUGACUCUAUUGACAACCUAGAGGCGGCUCCUCAUGACAUUGGCUACAUCAAACAGGCAAUGUUCAACUAUUUCCAGGUGCCAGAUCGGCUAGGAAUCCUCACCCACCUGUAUAGGGACUUUGAUAAAUGCAGGUUUGCUGGGUUUUGCCGGAAAAUUGCAGAAGGUGCUCAGCAAGGAGAUCCCCUUUCCCGUUUUAUCUUCAGGAAGGCUGGGGAGAUGCUGGGCAGACACAUUGUGGCUGUGUUGCCUGAGGUUGACCCGGUCUUGUUCCAGAGGGAGAUGGGCCUCCCCAUCCUGUGUGUGGGCUCUGUGUGGAACAGCUGGGAGCUGCUAAGGGAAGAUACCAGGAGUAACUAAUGGGAUUCCAUGCUAUGAAGGCGUUAGAGAUGGAUAUAUUCAUCUCUCCUGAGCCUCAAAAAGCCUUGUGACCAAGCAAAAGCAUGGAACAAGACGGGACUCCAAUGAAGCCAGCACUGCUUUACUCUACCUGUGGGAUUUCAUCAACAGCACAGCCUCAUCUAUAUCAUUCAUUCAGCAAGCACUGAAUGUCUCGUGGCUGUGAUGGGUGCUCUGAGGAUUAAAAAUGAGGGGCGCCUGGGUGGCUCAGUCGGUUGAGUGUCCGACUUCAGCUCAGGUCACGAUCUCACGGUUCGUGAGUUCGAGCCCCGCGUCAGGCUCUGGGCUGACGGCUCAGAGCCUGGAGCCUGCUUCCGAUUCUGUGUCUCCCUCUCUCUCUGCCCCUCCCCCAUUCAUGCUCUGUCUCUCUGUGUCUCAAAAAUAAAUAAACAUUAAAAAAAUUAAAAAAAUAAUAAAAAUGAGUACACCCCUAUACCUCAUACCAACUGAGAAGUUGACAAAAAUUUAUGGAACUGCAUGUUUACAAUAUCUGCUUUUCUGUAAUCUACUUCAGUUAAGUUUAAUAAAAUGUUUUAAGUGAAUGAAAUUUAUGGACAAAAAUUUAUGGAACUGCAUGUUUUCAAUAUCUGCUUUUCUGUAAUCUACUUCAGUUAAGUUUAAUAAAAUGUUUUAAUGAAUACAACAUUCCCAUCUUCAAGGAUGUGAAUAAAUGAAUAGACAUAACUAUAGUAUUUCAAAAAGGUCUAAACAGGCAAAUCAGCUCAGAUUCCACACCCCCCACCCCCCACCCCCAAAUCCUGGUUUUAAGAAGGCAGCAAAGAAAACCAGCACUCGAAGCAAAACCCAUGGCCCAUGAGCCAUGGGCGGGUCUGACGAUUUUGUCAUAUGACAAAGCCCCUCAAGAGAAUCACUGGGAGAUUCAAGCUAGGUGUAACCUGAAUAAAUAUGAGUUCUCAAACAUCCCCACAACAGAACGGACAAUGUCCAGUUGUUAACCCGGUAGCUCUGGUACCUAGGUCAGUCCUUGGUACCUAGCAGGGUCUCCGACUUUUUCAGGAUUUGAAAGGCAGAUAGAACUUUUACAUGUUUUCUAGAUCGGAGUCUGUUUUCCCCAGAGGCAGGAAGAGAACAGCUAUCCAAUUUCCUUAACUUCCUUUCAACUCCAAGGAUUUCCUGUUAAUCAUCUUUGUUCAAAGCUGUACAGAGGGAUGCUUGGGUGGCUCCGUCAGUUAAGUGUCCGACUUCAGCUCAGGUCAUGAUUUCUUGGUUCACAAGUUCGAGCCUCACAUUCGGCUCUCUGCUGUCAGUGAGAAGCCUGCUUUGAUCCUCUGUCUCCCUCUUUCUCUGCCCCUUUCCCGCUUCCGUGCGCACAUACUCUCUAAAAUAAACAUUAGAAACAAA